AUGUACUCGAUUGUGCGUCAGCAGUUGCUACGAGUGAGCGCGCCUUUGCGUGCCGGCAUGGCUGGCAUGCACACUAGUGCUACGCUGGCUGAGCUCAAGAAGUUCACCAUGCCUGCCAUGAGUCCGACCAUGGAAGACGGUGGUAUCGCCGCGUGGCGCAAGAAAGAGGGCGAAUCGUUCAGCACGGGCGAUGUACUCCUGGAAGUGGAAACCGAUAAGGCUACGAUGGAAGUUGAGGCUCAAGAUGACGGUGUGGUCGCGAAGAUUUUGACGCCUGGCGGCUCGAAGAACGUGCCCGUGAACUCGGUGAUUGCCAUUAUGGCUGAGGAGGGUGAUGAUCUCUCUGGUGCGGAUGCUCUUGCGGAGGAGGCUAAGAAGGAGUCGGCCAGUGCGAGCGCUAGCUCCUCGUCCGAAGAGCCGAAGAAGGAAGCCCCGAAGAAGGAGGAGGCUUCGAAGAAGGAGGCCCCGAAGAAGGAAGAGGCUCCGAAGAAGGAGGAGGCUCCGAAGGAGGAGUCGUCUCCUGCUCCGGCUAGCACUGGUCCUCUGGACCGCGUAAUGGCCUCGCCGCUGGCGAAGCGUCUUGCCCUGGAGCGUGGUGUGCCUCUGCUGCAAGUCAAGGGCUCCGGUCCGAACGGCCGCAUUCUCAAGGAGGAUGUGGAAAAGUACCAGCCUAGCGCUGGUGCUGGUGCUGGUGCUGCAGCGCCGAGCAGUGGUGCGCCUGCCGCCGCUGGUGCUUCGUACACGGAUGUGCCUGUGUCGAACAUGCGCCGUGUGAUUGCGGAGCGCCUGACGGAGAGCAAGUCUACGGUGCCGCACUACUACGUGACGUUUGAUGUGGAGAUGGACCGUGUGUUGCAGCUGCGCGAGGUUUUCAACAAGGCCUCGAAGGAGGCUGCUCGUGGCGAUGCUGAGAAGGCGAAGGCUGCCAAGCUCUCGGUGAACGACUUUAUUAUCAAGGCAUCGGCGUUGGCCCUCAAGCAGGUUCCUGCCGUGAAUUCGGCAUGGCACGGUGACUUUAUCCGUGAGAACCACGUGCAGGACAUUAGCGUUGCUGUGGCUACGCCUACGGGUCUGAUUACGCCUAUCAUUCGCAACUGUGGUACGGUGGGCCUGGCCGAGAUCGGUGCGCAGAGUAAGGAGCUCUCGAAGAAGGCGCGUGAUGGCAAGCUCAAGCCGGAAGAAUACCAGGGCGGCACGUUCACCAUCUCCAACAUGGGCAUGAUGGGCACGAGCCACUUUACGGCUAUCAUUAACCCGCCGCAGAGCUGCAUUCUUGCGAUUGGCAAGACGGAGCCGCGCCUUGUGCCUGAUGAGUCCUCUGAGAAGGGCUUCAAGACAGUGCAAGUGAUGCAGGCCACCAUCUCUGCCGACCACCGCGUGGUGGAUGGUGCGAUGGCGGCCAAGUGGAUGGCUGCCUUUAAAGCUGCGCUGGAGAACCCUCUGUCGUUCAUGCUCUAG